GCGGUGCAUUGUGGGGCCGUGGAUGAUUCACAAUGGCGGCGAAACCGAAGCGCUGGAAAGUUUUGUGCUGGAGUUUUCUGUCCGCAGCGCUUCUCUCAGUCCGCGCUCUCACCGCCGCCGCCGCCGAGCUGACAUGGGACGAGAACGGAUACGUGAUCUACUGUCCGUGCAUGGGUCGCUUUGGAAAUCAGGCGGACCACUUUCUAGGCUCACUGGCCUUUGCCAAAGCACUCAACCGGACCCUGGCAGUUCCUCCAUGGAUUGUAUACCGGCAUAACGUACAGCCGUACACAAAUGUGCAUGUCCCGUACAGUGAGUAUUUCCAGCUGGAGCCACUUAAGCAGUACCACCGCGUGGUGAGUCUGGAGGAUUUCAUGGAUCAUCUGGCCCCUACGCACUGGCCCCCGGGCCAGAGGGCUGCAUACUGCUUCGAAUCGGCUGUUCAGAGGAGUUCCGACAAAAAGAGCUGCCCUAUGAAGGAUGGGAAUCCGUUUGGUCCAUUCUGGGACCACUUUGGAGUGGACUUUGACCGCUCUGUCCCAUUUGGUGGACUCUCUUUUAACUCCUACUAUAUUCCACACUGGAUAAAAAGGUUUCCAGCAGCAGAUCACCCAGUGUUGGCUAUGCCUGGAGCUCCAGCUCAGUUCCCUGUGCUGGAGGAGCAUUUGGGUCUGCAGCGCUAUGUAGUAUGGGCUGAGAAGAUUGUGGAGGAUGGAGAAAAACACAUCACCACACUGCUGCCUAGACCUUUUGUGGGAAUUCACCUCCGGAUUGGAUCUGAUUGGCAAAAUGCCUGUAAGUUACUGCAGACUGGGGAGGCGGGCCCUCACUUCAUGGCCUCGCCGCAGUGUGUGGGUCAUGACCGCCAAACUGCUCUACCACUCACCUUCACCAUGUGUCUUCCUGACCUGACGGAAAUCCUGCGCGCUCUCAAGCUCUGGGUUGAAAAAACGCAGGCGCAGUCCGUUUACAUCGCCACUGACUCUGAGUCCCACAGUGCUGAGAUUGAGAAACAUUUCAAGGGAAAGGUAAAGGUGGUCAGCCUUCAGCCAGAUGUAGCGCAACUUGACCUGUACAUCCUGGGUCAAGCCGAUCACUUCAUAGGGAAUUGCGUUUCAUCUUUCUCAGCUUUUGUAAAGAGGGAAAGAGAUGUCCAUGGCAAGCCAUCCUCUUUCUUUGGGAUGGACUAUCCUGGAAAAAAGAAGAGAAAAGAGGAGCUUUAGAGCGUCUUGGACUGAUUUAGUUUUUGACUGUGAAAACUUAAGUAUCUGGAAAUCUCAGGUGAUCGGUUUGUGUUUACAGAAGAGUACGGUUCUGCUUGUUUUUUUUAAAGGAUGUUGAUGUAAUGUUUAAUAAGGGUAGAUAGCACUAGGAUUACGUGGGAUGAAUUUUUCGACUAGAGAGUUUUCAAACCGAAUCACUCAUUUUUUUUGUUUAGGUAAAAAUGCAGAGUAUCAGAGUAACACUUACCUUUUUACUUUUGCACAUUGACCAUUAUUUUCUAGAAACACCUACUCUAUAUGUGCAGUUCAUACAUAUGUAGUUACUGAAUCAUCAUGGCUUAUCUUGUUUGUUCCCGAUUAAUCAUCUUCUUUCCAUCAUUAAUGCAAAAGGACUGUCCGCAAAACAGCAAUAAAGCAGUAGUAUUAUACAGUUUUUAUUAGCACUUCUAUUUUAUUUGUUUCUCGUUCUGUCAGUCAUAUGCACAUUACUGUCCAGCUUCUGUGUGGACAUGUUUUCAUGGUGUUUAAAUUCGCAAAAUACUGAAUAACUUGUUAUCCGCCGGUAUUGUUAAUAAUGGUAACCUGGGUAAUGCUAGCAAUGAUAACCUUAGAUAUAAAAAAGGUGGGGCAUAUUUUGGAUUUGAUGAAGUUGUGAUUUGUUGUGUUGUGAGUAACACAAAAAAAACAUUAAAAUCUGAUUUGAGCAUCCAGACUAAGAUACAGCUAUACAAAGCUGAUUUUUAAUAGCAAUUCAAACCACCUCCAAAUGAUUUGGUUCAGAUUAGCAAAAACAGGAUUUUUAGUGGUUUUUGGCUGUUUAGACGAUCAAAAAUCAACUAUGAUACAGUCUAGAUUUGCUGCGUUCACAACAGCCAAGCUGUUAAGAGGAUUGUUCACACUGUUAUUUGCAGUUAUUUGCAUUUUGUGUUCGUGAUAUGACGAAUGCCUUUGCGUGGGUUGCAAAUACUCACUUAAGAUGUCUACAUCAGUAGCAAACUCUUCUUGGAUUAAUGAUGCAAAAGACACACAGUGUUCAGACUGAGACAUAUCUGUACAAAUUUGAUUGUAACUGCAUUUCAAGCCACAUACAAAUGUGAUUUGCUAAAUUGUAUGUGUUUUUAGCUAUCAUUCUGGAUACAAUCUUCUAAAAUCUGAUUUGUAGUUUAAACAUAGACUUAGAUUAGCUGUUUCUGAGAAAGUAGCCAGUGAAUGUAGGUGUACAUACCAGUAUAUUGAAAAGCGUUCAUGCUGAUAUACUGUGGCCAGUAUAUCAGCAUACAUACAUGUCCUAUAUUCUGUUUUUAGCAUGCUAGGCACUUUAGCAGGAGCUCCGAUGUCUCGUCUGAUGAGUUAUGAAUGCUGCUAGUCUACAGUGGUACCAGAGGUUCUUUUACUGUAAUACUUAUAGUAAUAUAUAAUAUUCAUGAGGUCAGAAAAAUACAUUUCUGAACUAAUUGAUUGGCUUUAACAACACAAUGACUAAAUGGUAAAGGUACUACUUUGUAAGUGAGAAGUGAGUAUCCUUACACACUGUAAGUGAUUCACCAUAGGGCUGCAGUAAAUGAUCCUGUGGAUGCUAAUUAUAGUAGAGUUGGGCGUUCUAAAUUAGUCUGUCAGUUUGUGUUCAUUAAAAUGAACUUGUGUACACUGUAGAAAAGGUCGUUAAGGGCUUGUGGUCUUAAAGGUCUGCUGCAGAUUAAGCACUUCCUUUAGUACAGAUGCUUUUAUUAUGCCAUAUACUGUCACUUGUUUCUUUUUCUUUUUUUUUUUUACUGUGACAACCUACAAGCAUUACUACUACUACUAUUAUUUUGUAGGUUGAGUUCAAUACCUUUAAACACAUCAUUCCACAUAUCAUUAAAUUGUCAAGAAAAGAGA